CGUGCGAGAGACGUACGUGUGAAUAGUAGAUGUGCGUGUCUCGGACAUUGAGCGUAGCGCUUCGGGCGCAACGUCUGUAAUCGUGCGCCUGCAGCACCUCCGCCCUCUGUACCACUGUAGAUAUUGCUGUACAAAUUAACAUAAAUAUGGAACAGCAGAGGCAGUGCCCUGUCUGCACGCUUUUCUUACAUAAUGGGAUGUCCCUCGAGGUUCACCUGGACACCCACCCUAAGGAUCAGGUCAUUAAAGCGCUGUGUAGUAGUCUUUCGAAAAAUGUAACCUAUGGCAGUAGAACACCUACACCUCUGCACUCAGAGCGAUCCUACAGAAGUAGAUCAAGGACACCAGCUACUGAUGACAGUGGUAUGAGGUGGAAUUCAUCUCGCAAUAGUGAACAUGAGCGUUACUGGCGCAGGACACCCAAUAGGUCUCCAAAAACUUCUAAUCCAUCUCGAGAUGACACCCCUACUUCAGAGGACCGGAGGAGUUUGGGAGAAGUGAGCUAUGAAAACAAUGCCAUAACCAAUUCGGGUCAAUACUCGGGCCAUUCCUAUAUAAUGAAAACAGACAAGAAUCUGCAAACCUACACACACAAUACUCCCCUGUCAGACUAUGACCAGCAGUAUGGAUAUUACCCAGAACCACAGGAAGAUAGGGAGAUCAAAUAUUCCCGUAGUGCUGAAUACAGUGCUAUUGAUAGCAAUGUAUUAAAUUAUGACACUCCUCCUUUAGCUCCUAAUAUGAAGAUGCACAACACAAUGUUACCAACAGCAUCUAGAAGGAGUAAUGACCUUGUCAAAUUGCUGCCAAAGUUAAAUAAUUUUCAUGUAAAAUCAAACAUGGGUGGCAUGCAAUAUCUGCCUGCAGGUGUGAAACCAAUGCAUGUGGUUAUGCCACCAACACCAACUUUUGUUCAGAAGAAUGUCCAAAGUAACAUGAUUUUGACAGGGAAUUUGGCGCCUUCACAAACUCUCGAUAAUAGGGCUAUGGCUCCAGUUAUAGCUAGCAACCAGUUCAAUCAAAUGACUUCUGGUACUUUUACUCCUGGAACCACCGUAGUAACUCAAAAUUCUCAAAUAAUUUACCGUGAAAUGGUUCACAACAUUGAUGGUAAGCCCUUCAUACCAAAUAUGCCUGCUGUGCUUAGUGGACAUGAAAAUAUAACUAAUGUGGCUCAGACCAGCUCAUUGUACCAGAAUUUGAUGGUUAUGGACCAGUUUGGAAACACCUCUUGCAUGUAUGCAACUCCUCAACAAAUGCAGCAGAAACACUGCAAUACUCCUAUUUACUCAAACAUGCCUCAACCAUCCCCUACUGAAGUAAAUAAUGAUUUCAACAAAACCCUUAUCAUAGAAGUGGGUCCUAUUGUUCCCCCUCCCACAAUUGCAUCGACAACAUCACCUUGUAUACCUCCCAUGCACACACCAACUCCACCACCUUCAAAAAUAAGGAAACACAGGUCAGACAGAAAUGAAAGUAAAAUUGAAUCAGGAAUUACCAAGGGCCUGAAAAUUCUCAGUAACAUCAAAGUAGAAGUUCCUGUUCAACAUAGCAAAAAUAUGCUUAAUACUAUCAUGGAUUUGACAGGCCCUAAUGACACUGAGUACCAGACAUUACCAAUCCCCCCUGAGAAGAUACUUGCUGAUGUUGAGGAUACCAAGAGAAGUUCUUCCCGAAUUCCUGAUGAAUGUGCCCAAUCUUCAAAUAUAACCUCUGAUAAUGUUUCUAAUACAUUCUCUGUGAUAAAAAAUGUUGGAAAUCCUCCUUCAUAUAAAGAUUCCAUUAAACCUAUAGAGAAUAAAAUAGAGAAUGAAUCUUCAGACAGUUUCCCUGUUCCUGACUUAAUUUGUAAUGAAAAACCAUCCAUAUCACCUUGCAGUGAACUCUCAGAACAGGGAGACAAUUCCACAGAUCGUACGUCCAUGUCACCAAAACCACAGAUUUGCCAAAAGCUUCAAACUAAUGAAAGCAAUUUUGAGAGAAGGGCCAAGUUGGCACCCAGAAUAUUCAGCAACCCAUUGAGGUUGAACAAUAUUUACGUAAAGAAGAACAAGAAAGUCUUGCAAAUAAAAAAUGCUAAAAAAUCAUUCACACCAGCUACAACAACAUCUAUGACAAUUGUGAAUGAUCCUAUGCCUUCAUCUUCAAAAUGUGUGCCAGAAAACUUUACAAUGAACAAACUUAAACAAGAUAUUAAACAGGAUGACAUUGAAAAGAGUACUUUGACUACAGUGUCCAUUGAAAAGAUUAAGGAGAAUGACGAUCAGCAUGAGUUUGAUGCUGACACUGAAGAGCAGUCCAUGGAUAUUGAGCCUGUUCCUCCAUCAAGUACUAGCAAUUCCAGUCAUUUUGCAACUAGCGUCGACAUAGUGCAGGUCAAAGAGGAAAUAAACACGAGUAACGAAGGUGCAUUUAGUAAUGAAGCUGGUUCUUCAGACAAUAUAGCACCUUUAGAAGCAUUGCGACCAAUCAACGUCAUUACAUACGGUAAUAUGAGUGCGGCAGAUUUCGACGACGAAUCAAAUCACAGGGAGCUUUUAGAAUUGGAAGCAUCUUCGAAAAAUAAACAAUUUGUAAAUAUGAUGAAUGAUAAUUAUUUUGGCGAUAACAUUUAUGCGGAUUACUUCACUCCGGACAAAGUGGAGUCAUUCGACAGAGGAUCUUACGCGAAGGAAGGUGCUAAAGAAGGUAUGUCUAUAUGGGGUGAGCCAUCACAAAAGGAGAGCGAGUUUGUGUUACCGAAUUUUAUUCACGAGAGUUACAAAAUAGCUGAGAGUCAUGGAAUGGAUUAUUCUGAAAUGGCAGAUGGGGAUGGCGAUGGGUACGAGAGGGACAGCAAGGCUGACGUACUGAGCGAGGGUCGCAGCGAUGGCGAGCCACCAUUGAAUAUCUGCGCGGAUGAAAGGAUGCCGCCGCGAGGGGAGCUCAGUGGACAGGAAAGCAAUGGAGACAUGGAGUCGCCUUGGAAUGGGAUGUACACUGAGGUGACGCCUUCGGAGCCCUACGAUCUGAUCGCUCGCGAGAGUUGGGUGUCUGACGGAUCUGAAGUCGAUUCUAGUGAAAAGAUGGAAUCUUUAGCAUUGGAAGAAGAUAUCAGAUUUCCACCACCAAAACCGCCCCGUGUAUACACAUGUACAAUAUGUGGUGAGAAAUUGCCAUCAAUCAAAGAACUGAGGACACACAAGGCGAUAGUGCACGAUAUUCAUCCACCUACUUACAGUCAGCUGAUGGCUGAGCGCACAAUCAAGAAGGAGGAGAAGCAGGAUGAAAUUAUGGCUUUGCCAGUACAAGUCCCGGGCAACCUGUUAAACCUGGAAUCCAAGGAGGCGAUAACGGCGACUAUGAUGCAAGUGUACAACGACGUGAUGGCCGACGCAAAGCCCAAGCUCGAAGGUCUUAUCAAGCAGGAAGCCAAACGGCGACGAAGGGACUUCGUUUGUCCUACUUGCAAGGUGGACCAAGGAACAGACGCGGCGUUUCACCAGCACCUGAAGAUUCACCCCCUAGAGUGCCUCACGUGUGGCAAGUGCUUUUUUCGGCGUGCCAACCUCGCGCUGCACAUCAAAACCCACCUCGGCAUCAAAAACUACAAAUGCGAGGUGUGCGAGAAGCGGUUUAUGACUCGACAAAAGCUUGCAGAGCACCAUAACGUGCACACGGGACGGACGCCCAUCAAGUGCACACUCUGUGACGACACCUUUCGGAGAUAUUCCAACAUGGUGCAGCACCGAGAUCGCCAUCACUUCCAAAAGAAAUCCAAGGUGCGAGAUUUCGUAUGCCAAUGCGGGGCCGUGUUCCAUUCUCGAGCGAAGUUGCUCUGGCACAAAGAGACCCAUGACGAGAAGCCGAAGGCCUGUCUGUACUGCAGUGACAAGUUUGUACACUCAUCGUCGUUAACAAGACACGUGAGACGGACUCAUAACGAAUAUUAUUUGAGUGACAAGUUCAAAGGGAAGGCUGAGAAUGUACCAUGUCCCGUUUGUAAACAGGUGUACCUCAGAACGAAUCUGCGCGCCCAUCUCCUAACGCACAGCGGCAAACGUCCGUACCUCUGUAUAGUGUGCAAUAAGGCGUUCACCACAAAAUGGAACCUCAAACUCCACCGCUGGACACAUAUGAGCCGCUCAGCGAAGCCAUACAAAUGCUCCUUAUGCAAAGGCGCCUUCAUCCGCCAAACAGAAUACAUAGCGCAUAUGAACGCACAUAAAAGCGUUCGACCCUAUACAUGCAACUACUGUGGCUGUCAAUUCAUUAGGAAAUAUAAUUGUCAAAGACACGUCCGUGAACACGAGAUGGCGAAAAAAUAUGUGUGUAAAGUACCGGAGUGCGGUAAGUCGUUUUUUAGAAGUUACUACUUGUCCGAGCAUAUGAAAGUGCACAGUGGUGCAAGGCCGUUUUCUUGUUCGAUUUGCGGGAAAACAUCGAGUAACAAAAGUAAUCAUAACAAGCAUGUGAAGAUCCAUCAUGCGAGGGAACCGAUCGCUACUGAAGCGUAAUUCUUGGGGUUUUAAGGAGUAUGCUCUGGGCGCCACACUUUUAUUAAUAUUACAAAUGGUUAAUUCAUGUUAAGAACGCAGAAGAUACUAGCCAUAUCACUGUUAUUAAUCCGUUCAUGGAGAGAAAAUGUCACUAUUUUUCUUAGUGUAGUAGUGCUUAUAUUGAUUCAAUGUAAAACAGUGAAUUUUGUCAGUAUGUCGUUGAUAUUUCUCUAUGGAGAAACAGUAAGCUGUGAACUACACAGAAUACACUUGGAAAUUGCAAUGGAAAGUUCGUAGUUGGUUUUUGAGUACCAUGUACUAUAAUAUUCUGAUAUUUCAUUUUACGGUUAACGCAGUUACUGUCUAUGAGUAGGUUAAAUUCGUGUGUCAGUUUGAAUUUCGUACUGCAUCUCACACGUCAUGUUAAAGUUACGUGGUUGGUGAGUUUGUAUUUCGAACUACAUUUGACGUCAUUUUAAAGCCAUGUGAUUGGUCAGUUUGUACUGCAUUCUUAACGCGAAUUAACUAUGCAGGGUAUAACAAAAACGUGUAUAAAAUACUUUGGGGUGCCAUGACACAACUUGUUGCGCUUUUUUGUUUACACCUGUAGAAUGUAUUGGAAUAUGUACCUGUCAUUUCCGAAAUAAAAGAGAAUGGUAUUUUUUUCUAUUUACUUAUUUAUCAC